AUGGUUCAGCUCCACGCAUCUCCCGGCCCCGAGCACGACGCCUUUCUCGCCUGGGCCCGCGACCGCGGCGUCGUCGUCGAUGGUGUGACGCCCGCGAGCUUUCCUGCAAGCGGCCUUGGUGUCAUCAAGGACGUCCGUCUUCCACUCGACGCUACCGUGCACGGCCGUCUGGCUGCAUAUCUGACCAUCGUGCAUGAUAAACCCGACAGACCGCAUGUCGUUUGGGAGCCUGUCUGGCCGAAAAAAGAUGACUUUGAUCUGAUCAUGCCGCUGAGGUGGGACGAGCACGAGAAGAAGCAGCUGACUCCGCACGCUAAAGAGCUGCUCGCAAACCAACAGUCCAAGAUUGAUAAAGAUUGGGACCUUCUCCAAACCCAUCUCCCUAACCAUGAGGACCCUAGCUGCCGCGAACUGUUCACUUACUACUGGCUCAUUGUCAACACGCGCACGUUCUACUGGGACUACCCUACCAAUACCCGCACCGGCAAGCAAGCGAACAAGCGCCGCAAGCUCGCACCAGAUGACUGCAUGGCGCUAUGCCCGUUCAUGGAAUACUUCAACCAUGCUGAUGAAGGAUGUGUGGUGGAUCAUGAUGUUAACGAGUUCACCGUAACUUGUAAUCGUGAUUACGAAGAAGGCCAGGAGGUUUAUCUCUCCUAUGGUUCGCAUAGCAACGAUUUCUUGCAGGUUGAAUAUGGGUUCAUUCUUGCAAGCAACAAAUGGGAUGAGACAAAGCUCGACCACAUUAUCCUACCGCAGCUCUCCAAAACACAGAAGACUGGCUUAGAAGAGACUGGAUUUCUUGGCAACUAUACGAUCGACAGCACGCAAACAUGUUACCGAACUCAAGCCGCCUUGCGCUCAAUAAUCCUACCGGAACGGAACUGGCGUCAGUUCGUCGAAGGUUGGAGCGACGGUGAAAAGGACCAGAAGGAAGUCUACAAAUACUGUGUGCAGCUGUUAGAGCAGUAUGAGCGUGACAUUGCCAAAGUGCAAAAGACCGUGGAGGAAUUGCAGGAGGGGUAUAGAAAAGACACACUUAAGAGAAGAUGGGAGCAGAUCAAGGUCAUCGUGGGCGACUUGAAAUUGAAAUUGGAGUCGUGAUGGAGGCAAAACCGAUAUAGGGAUACGCCUUACUUUUCGUUCUUUUAUUUUUGUACCCUCGUGGUCUUUUGUAUAUCUUUUUUCCCAUAUCUUUAACGUCCGGUGAAUAAAAAUUCGCCGUCCAGCGAGACAGGAAAAGAUACAACCAGUCACAUGGUAUACUCGUCUAGCUAGAAGUCUGAGUCCUGGAUAUGAGUAUGAAGGUCUUAGAAUGCACAUACACC